UUUCAGCAGGUUAACACAUGUUCAGGUUACUCAUCUGCGUUUUAAGCGCGAACUGACUUUAUCUAUAUUUCACAAUCUCAGUUUUGUCUUUUUCCGACUUGCUUGAAAUUAGUAAAUGUGUCAUUUCACCAGAGUGGAGAUCUGUUGAAACUCAAAGACACUCGGAUUACAGUUGUUUCAAGAUUGAUUGCUCUUCGGACCGAGGAGAGACGGAAAUGGUGCCGGAAAACGAGCCUCUUUCCGCCUUCGCGGUGUACACCAAGCAGAACGGCACGUCGAAGAACGCCAAGAAGAAGAAGAAGCUGAAGGCCAGGAAGCUCGAGGCGGCCGUCGCGACCGGCAGAGAGGAGAAGAAGAAGCUGCUCGUCAAGAAACGAGAAAAGAUCGAGUCCGUCAUGAAGAAGAAGCUCAAGGAGCCUGGUACUUCGCAGAAGGAAGAGGUAAAGAAUUUGAAACCGAAGAAAGUGAAGAAGGCCAAAAAGCAUAAAAUUGAAACCAAGGAUGCUUCGCCCGAGGUGAAAAAGAAGAAGAUGAGAAAUAAACGGCCCGAACAGGACUUGAACAUCUUUGCGGAGGUGUCGCAAGGACCAUGCUCUAUCCAUUCGGUCGACCGGCCCGGCAUCAUCCAACAGGUCUCGACGCUACGGAUGGAAAAAGGUGCAGCUGCGGCUUCAACCACUAAACGGCACAAGAAUGAACUCCUCAACAAAGUCAAGAAUUUUGCUCUUCACAAGAAAAACAGCUUUGUAACAGGACAAGAGAUCCUUGAAAAAAUUUUGGCACCUUUGACGCUGGACACUUUCAUGAGGGAGUAUUGGGAGAAAGCGCCUGUUUACAUUCCAUCGUCAAACGCGAGCAAGUUCAGCAAGCUAAUUAGCACGCCGAUGAUGGACGAGAUAUUGCGUGAGAAUGUCAUUCUGUUCGGUAGAGACGUGGACGUCACUACUUACACGGAUGGCGUGAGGGAAACACACAACCCAGAAGCGAGAGCACAGGCCCAUGUCGUCUGGGACUAUUAUUCAAACGGAUGCAGCGUGCGUUUUCUAAGCCCUCAGACAUACUCACCACACCUUCUGGCCCUCAAUUCAACCCUCCAAGAGUACUUUGGGUCCUUUGUCGGCGCCAAUGCAUACCUGACACCGCCAAACUCUCAAGGAUUUGCACCGCAUUAUGAUGACAUUGAAGCUUUUGUACUUCAAAUCGAGGGUAAAAAGAAAUGGAAGGUUUAUAAUCCAAGAAACAGAUAUGAAAUGCUCCCAAGACAUUCUAGUAAAAAUUUCAAACCUGAAGAAGUCACAGAGCCUCCGGUGCUUGAAGUCACGUUAAAAGCUGGCGAUGUGCUAUAUUUUCCUAGGGGUUUUAUACAUCAAGCUAGAACUCUUUAUAAUGAACAUUCACUCCAUGUAACGGUUUCAGUAUAUCAGAAAACUUCCUGGUGUGAUCUCUUAGAAAAGGCUGUACCAAAUGCGUUGCAGAGAGCAAUUAAUGAAGACAUUGACUUUCGAAGAGGUUUACCAAUUAACUAUCUAAAACAGGCCGGUUUAGCGUACAAAACUUGUCCAGAGAGAAAAGGUUUAAUUCAAAACUUAAAAAAACUCAUCACAAAGCUUGUGAAUUAUGUUGACAUUGACCAGGCUGUAGACGAUAUGGGGACGCAGUUUAUGCACGAUGCCCUCCCUCCUGUUUUAUCGAUCGAGGAAGCGUCAUGUUCAGUGAUCGGAAAUGGAAUGCGAAUGGAGGAAAAUGGCCGUUUGAGGAAUCGAGUAGAAGUCACCCUGGAAACAAUGGUCCGACUAGUUCGUGCUAACUGCUCCAGAUUUGUAAGAGAAGAUGUUAAACUUGAAGACGGUACGACUGAAACUCAAUACAGGCUCUACCUGUCGAUUGACAAUUCUAAAGAAUACCACCAGGAAGAACCGCAGUACCUCAUUUUACCAGAGUAUAUGGUCACGGCGAUGAAGUUCCUGAUAGCCAGUUAUCCCUCUUUCACCCCGAUAAACAUGCUUCCAUGCGAAAAUGAAGAUGAUAAGAUGCUGCUUGCCAGCGAUUUGUGGGAUCGGGGUGUUCUCGUUACCGAAACGCCCUUCGAUGAAAUGAAUCAAGAUGAAACAAUACAAACCAUCUUUAAUGAUGUGUCCGGCGAUGAAAAUGACGAUUCGCAGGAAGGACACGAUGAAAACUGCGACGUGUCCGAUAUAAAGAACAUCUUGAGGGAAAUGGUGGCCGAUGAAGAACUGAAUAAAGGACAGGGCGGCCAAACUGAAAAACCACCGGCCAAGAAGAAGAACAAAAAAGAAAAGAGAUUAGAUUCACAAACAGAAAAAACGCUAGAAAUCAGCGACGAUGAGAUGGCAUCCAAUAAAUUGGAUGAUGAAUCACAGUACUUUUUAUGCAGUGAAGAAAGCAAUUGUGAUUCUUAGACGUGUAACCAGAUAAUGAUGUUAUUUGUUAAUCUAAAACAUGAAAUGUUUUAUUCUUGUUUCAGUUCAAUUCAUAUAUAUUUUUUUUAAAUUCCUGUGGA